UCAGCUGAUUUUGACGCUGACAGUCCACAAGUCGUAUUUUUGUUAUUGAAAUUGAGCCAGUGUAGUGAGGUUUUGAGCCAUUUUAGAGCCCGAACCUCUAGCUUUAUUCGUUUGAUGAUCAGAGCUGCUGCUACUGCAAGCCAACAGUUAAGAAAAAUGGCUUCUUCAGCAAUUCCGCAGAUCAAGAACGUUGACAUUGAUCCUAGAGGUACUUUUAAGUACAUCCUGAUCAAAGUCUCCUGCCCUGAUUCAGACGGAAAGUUCGAAGACAAGCUGAUCGUCCGCGGAUAUGCCGAAUGUGGAUAUCAUUCCGAUAUCAACGAUAAAGUAACUGAUGAACUUCAAGCUCUCAAAAGCUCCAAAGUGAUCAAAGACUGGCGGUCCAAAGUACUGGGAGGAGGCCGGAUUAAACACGACCCUGGAGCGAAAACCAUCAACGUGUAUGGAUACUCUCAGGGCUUUGGUAAGGCCGAUCAUGAACUAUCCGUGGACAUCAUCAAGACUCAAUAUCCAAGCUACCAAAUCACCUGGUCGGACGAAGGAUACUAAAACCGGUGGAAACGAUCUGGACACGCACAAGUAUUUAUUUUGCUGAAAUGAUGUAAUCGAAAGUUGCCUAAUAAAGCCAAAGUCGUUUAA